CUGUAGACGACGCGUACGUAGUAAGUCCUCAGUCACACGAAGAUCAGUGUAAGACUGAGGGAGGGAAAAGCGAUCGGAAAACUUUACUACUGCUCAGUCCGAUCGCUCCCCGACACGUGAUGGCACUGAACGCCCACACAUUGAUGCGCCAUCAUCUCAACACUCCCCCUGGCGUUCAGUUCCCAGACCCCCGUCUCCAAUCGAGCCCGAGUGCAUGGCAGAUGCGUUCGUGAUCCUUACGUCCAAGCGCUUUCGUCAUGAUGUCGGCCAUGUUCUCUUUCCCCGGUACUGACAUCACGGAUAUCUCCCCCUGGCUCACACGGUCGCGGAUGUAAUGAAAGCGCGUGUCGAUGUGUUUCGUAAGGCCGUGCCCCUUGGUGGUUUCCGUGAGGCUGAUCGACCCGAGGUUGUCGCCGUGGAGCUCGAUCGGCAUUUCCUGUGGGAGGAAUACUUCCGACAGCCAGUUCUUCAUCCACAUGGCCUGUUGGGAGGCUCGAGCAAGGGAUAUGUAUUCGGCUUCCGUUGACGACAGGGCAACGACCGCCUGUCGCUUCGACGACCACGCAACUGGUGCACCAGCCAUGAAGAAGAUGUACCCGGCCGUUGAUCGCCGCGUGUCGACGCACCCCGCCCAAUCCGAAUCCACGUAACCGACUGGCUUGAGACUUGACCCGGGUCUCUGAGCGUUCGGUGAGUAUUUGAUUCCGUAGUCCAGCGUACCCCUGAUGUAUCGCAGUACUCCAAUGAGGACCCUCCAGUGCUCGGGAUUCGGGUUGGCCUGGACGUGUCCAAGAGCACAGCACGCGAUCUGGCGGAAUGGCUUGUCUGCCAUGAACGCUGCGUCAUCGGUGCUGAGUGGCGAUUCGGAUGCUCGUAUCUGGUAUCCUGGAGGUAGUGGAGUUGAUAAGGGAGAUCCCACAUGUCCGCGAAUUCCGCCACUACCCGCUUGCUUUCUGACACCGUCGAUGAGGCCCCAAUUACGUCGUCUGUGUGAGUGCUUGUGAUCGUAUAUUCCCCUCGCUCAUCUCUUGUCCUGACGCAUGGAUCCGCCGCGUUCUCCUUAUACCCCAACUCCUUGUAUCCUGCUGCCAGGGUCUUGUACCAAAUGUGGCCCGCCUGCACCAAACCAUAUAUGGGUCUGAGAAGGAGACACACCUUCUCUUCCUCCCCCUCCUUCUCAAACCCGCGGGGCUGCUUCAUAUAAACCAUGCGGUCCAUGGUCCCAUUCAGGUAUGCCCCCGAAAAAUCCCAUUGCCGUACACUCAACCGCUUCACUGUCGCCACUGCAAAAACCAUCCGAACGGACUCCAUUCGAGCCACCAUCGCCCACUUCGUCGCAAAGUCACGUCCCUCAACCAUCUGGUCGCCCCUUGCCACGUACCGAGCCUUCCGUUUCAAUAUUUCGCCGUUCCCGUCCAGCUUGACAUCGAAGACCCACAUGCCAUCGAUCGCCUUCUCCCCGGGCGGUAACCGUUCAUCGGUUCUUCCCACACGGGGUCUUUUCUCGCUUCCACUCCGCUUCUUGGCAACCGCCCUUUUGUUACGCUGGCCAACACGAGGGGGCUUGCAAUGUCCUCGAUUCGAAACGAGUCUGCGUUCAUGUCCACGUAGUUCACUGUGGGAUGGUCAGAGUCACGCGCCCAGUCCUCGCCGGCUACCCGCGCUUCCUCCUCCUCUCGUCCAGUCAUCUCGCUUUCCAGCAACCGCCGGCUUGGCUUGGGCACUCUUGCGCUACGCCGAGGUCUGGGCGGUGUUUCCGUGCUCUCUCCAUCCUGCCCUUCAGCGUUGUUGCUGAUUUCCUCGCUGGUAACCGGGUUUCUUGGCUCUGGGUCUUCGGCCCGGGCCGAUUAUCGGGUGUCGUGUCGCCUCCGUCUUCUGAUUCCGGCGCCUGCCUUGUACGAUGUGCAUCCCCUUCCUCAAAUAUGACAUUCCGCACUUCGUACACCUUGCGGCGGCGCGGGUCGUAUACACGAUAUCCUCGUCGUCCCAUGUCGUCAAGAUCUUUCACCCAGCAACUGCUACCCCAGACCCGCAGAUGCGAUAUAUUUGAGUCGCGGUGCCUUCUCGAAGGGAUGAAGCUGCGCACGUAACAAUGUGCCGCCGUUGCCUCGGCCCAGAACCUGGUGUCCAGCCCUGACUCGAUCAACUGGGUUCGUGCCCCCGCAAUCACGGUACGAUUUCCUCGUUCGGCAUGUCCAUGCGCUGAUGACGAUGCUUUGGGAACCCGUUCGAUAUCGACGCCACGGUUUUGGCAAAACGUUUUAAAGGCUUCAUUGUCAAACUCGCUGCCAAGGUCUACCCUCAGCACUUUAAGGCGUCGAUCCGUCUGGACUUCGGCGCUGACCAGCCACGUCGAGAAUGCCGCCAAGACUGUCUCCUUUCGUUUGUCUUUGAGGAAGACCGGGAACUUCAUCCCUGAACCCCCAUCGGAUAUCAGCAGCAUGUACACGGCUCCACCAUGACUUGCAGUUCUUGCUGGGCCCCACAGGUCCAGAUGUACUCUCUCGAGAGGAUACAGUCGCGGCACAUUCCCCGCAUGUCCCGGCUCACGAUGUCAAGCCCAUCGACAAGACUUUUUGUAUCCAUUGUUUCGAUUGCUUUCACGUCUGCAUGCCCCAACCGCCGGUGCCAAUUCUGGAGGGAUGUCGGCUGCUUUCGGUUUCGACCGGCAAUCGCCACCCCGUCGUCCGUGUGUGCUGCCUGGCUCCUGUCGUCCACUGAUAACCGUGACGCCGUCCUUGUUGACAACGGUCAUGAUCCCAUGCCCCCACGUCCCAUGGGUAUGCAUUGCGUGAAACCGGAUUCGACGCGUUUCCCCAUCGACCAGCUUGAUGGUGAACUCAACCUCUCCUUGGCCGCAUAUACGGAACCUCCCUUUGGACCGUACCGCCGUGCUCCCUUCCAUGCCUGGCGUCUCUUG